AUAUUGCUAGCGAGCUCUCCCAGUUCAGGCAAAGUGUGAAGACCAGUACAAUCGCGUUGCGUUUCCCGCUAUCUCUACGUAUCAGUCCGCAUGAGUUGCUCGGUGCGUGAAGGUUGACAAGACUGACCCGCCUAUAUCUCAGUCUAUCUCAGUCAAUCGACCGAUCAAAGAGCAGUCGAUAGUAUUCGUCGUGAUGAGUGUCCGCGGCAAGCAAGUGCAAAAUGGUACCUACGAGUUUGAUUAUAUGCGAGCACCUGAUACUAGAACUCGCUGGCAAAUAAUUCGCCAUAGUUUCCACAAUCCGAUAGAAGGAACUUACUGUGGUCAUACACCUAAAAAAUGGGGCAUAACUCUUAUCUUCUACACUUUCUUCUAUGCUGCGCUCGCGAUACUUUUCAGCAUUUCCAUGAAAGGCUUGCUGGCCACAUUGAGCGAUGAGAAACCUAAAUGGACCUUAAGUAGCAGCAUUAUAGGUACUAAUCCAGGAUUGGGAUUCCGACCGAUUUCGGAUAAUCCCGAUGAGAGAUCACUUGUUUGGUACAGCGCAUCAAAUGCGACUGAUAUACAAAAAUGGACAAAACGCUUGGAUAAAUUUUUGGAAAACUACAUCAAUCCAUCACUUUUGUCAAAUGGCGGCAGAAAUCAACAAAUUUGCAGUUAUAACAAGCCGGCAAAACCUGGUAACGUAUGUGCAGUCGAUGUAAACAAUUGGGGACCAUGUUCUCCGAAUCAACAAUAUGGUUUCAAUAAUUCGGCACCUUGCAUUUUCAUUAAACUUAACAGGAUAUACGGAUGGAUUCCUGAGUUUUAUAAUAAUACUCAGAAUUUGCCGCCCGAUAUGCCAGAGACCUUAGUCAAAUAUAUAAAAUUAAUCGACGCUUCAUGGGUUAGUUAUGUUCAUUUUGUUCGACCAACAAGAAACCAGAUCAUCAAUGUAGAAUGCCGGGCAUGGGCGAAGAAUAUCGAAUACAGUUCAAUUAGAUCCGAAAAGAAGGGUGCAGUACAUUUUGAACUGAUGGUCGACGAAUGAUUGUACGUUACAGUCGUGGAGAUCGUCCUCGACAUCUCUUUCAUAGUUUUAUCAUAUUUUUCGAAUAAGAAACUGUGCACGAAACAAAAGAUGUACGUUAAAUAGUACUUCGUGUCUAGAUUUUCGAUUACGAUGAUAGACAAUCGCUCGUGCCUAGAAAAAAACAGUAGAUUAAUAAAUUUAUUAUCUUUUAAAGAUAUUGCUCACAUAUGUAAUUAACUAAUAGGAAUUCUUGCUUAUCGAGCCACUAAUUUGAAUUUUUAAUCUUAG